CGGGAAAGGUUAGUUCCAUGAUGGCUGAAGAUCCCGGAGGAGCUUAUUUCAAUUUCUCUCCCAUUUUUCUCUGUUUUUCGUUACCUCUGCUGGAAACAUGGCAGGGCACGCAGUCACGGUAGACAGUCACAGACCCGCGUCGUCGCCAUGCCCAAGAAAGGGAACAGAAAACGGCUGAAAUUUCGAGCCAACGAUGUUUGCUCGGAGUCAGUAACGGUGGCUGACUAUGCCAACGCCGAUCCUGCCAUCGUCAAGUCUGGAAGACUAAAAAAAGCUGUUGCAAAUGCGUUUGAAAAAAAGGUAAAGCUGCUGUGUGGGCUGGAGGCUUCGCAAGGUCCUGUACAGGAAGUUCUGUCGUCAACAGCCGAUGAGGCUAAGGAUGUGAAUGACAGCAGUGAGGAAUUGGACUCUGAGGAAGGAAACGGAGAAAGCAGAGGGUCACGUAAGAAGAAGAACAAGAGACGUAAAGAAAAUGGCGAAGGCAUAGAUGGGGAAGAGUAUCCCAUUGACAUAUGGCAUGUUAUUGCUGCCUACAUCCGGCCUGAAGAUGUCUGCAGGUUUGCAUUGAUCUGUAAGAAUGCCUGGGCAGUCACAUGCACUGCAGCGUUUUGGACCAGACUGUAUAAGAGACAUUACAGUCUUGAUGCAGACCUCCCUUCUCGCCUUCAGCCUGACUCUAUUUUAAAGAUGCAGUGUCUCCGUGCCCGUGUAAUCCGCUCCCUCUUUCAUCUCUAUGAGCCAUUCAGUCUUCGAGUGUCCAAGAGUCCACCACUUCCUGAAUCGACUCCAAGCACACUACUCAAUUCUAAGUGUUUGCUGUUUUGGGUCAACAAAGUCAUUGGAACUAGAUCCGAGCCCAUGUGGGAAUUCAACUUCAAGUUCGAAAAGCAGCCAACCAAGGUGAAAAAUGGCUGCACUCACAGUCUAGUGCUGCCCCGGCAGUAUAAGGACGUCAACACAAACCCGGACUCGGACUGCUACCUGCUGCGUGUCACCACCCUCAACUUCAUCUUCACUUCUGUCGUCAUGGGCAUGACGCUGUCCCUGUUUACCAUUAACGUGAGCACAGACAUGAGGCACCACCGGGUACGCUUGGAGUUCCAGGAUUCGCCCAUACCCCGAGGAAAAAAGCUGCGAGGGGAGCAAGGUGUUCAGGUGGUGCUGGACCCCGUCCACAGCGUGCGUCUCAUGGACUGGUGGCACCCUCAAUUCCCCAUGACGUCUUGCACUUAAAAUUUCACAUGUUGCGGGGAAUGAAAAUUAAGGCGUUGCUUCCAUCUUUAGUAAUCGUUCUGGACUUUUCUUUUCUGACAUUUUUAGUGUGCUUGUUUUGUGCAUGAGCACAUCUGGGAUCAUGCAGGUGUUGUGGGUUUUAGUGUUGAAGUUACUCUUUUAUUAGGCAUACAGAAAGGUUCUUCACACCAAGUCAUUACUAGUCAGAGUUUCAGAUUUCUGUGCUUCCUGAGGGUGACUUCUAGCAACUUUUGUGAGGUAUUCAAAUAAUACCUGAGGAAACAGCAUGGAGUCUUGCAUGCACUCUCAUUUAUCGCAGUCUAAAUUAAUGCAUAAAAGAACAAACAUCUAGCCAUUCCUGAAACUCUGUAUCCAUGCAGAAGAGAUUUAAAGGACAAACAUUUGUUGUUCUCUGUAAUCUGACUGAUAAUUACGAUGAAGCAAGAAAAGUUGAAUCUUACAAAUCUGCAAUAUUUUUCAUGUCUGGUCCAGUGAUUAAUGUAAAUUUUUCAAUUAGUUUGAACUUUGUGUUAACGUUAGGGCCAAGGUGGUGGUGAUGGUGAUUUAGCCUCUAGGAUCAUGUGUGUGCAGUUCCAAUCAUGCAUGCUUCACCAGUUCAAUGACGUGUGGAAGGAUUUUGUAUUGUACACAAGUUUUUGCUUUUAAGUUUAUUGGCUAUGGCUUAAUGUCUCACAGCAUUCAACAAUGCUUUUUAGGAUGAUGUCGAAAAGCUAUUACGUUAUUUUGCACAUGGGUUGAUGCUCUGAAGUUAAUGUCAUUUCCUCAGUGGAAAAGUUGAGGAUACUUGAUGUGAAUGACAGGCCAUUGAAAUGUUUAUUGUAAUAAAUAUUACAAGUUCCAA